AUGUCGAACACAAAGACUCCCCAUGACCUGAAUUGCCUCACAAUCGGCGAACUUGAAAAGCUAGCCGCAGAGCGUAUGGACAAACAAACCCGCGACUACUACAAUGAAGGCGCAGACUCAGGCUCAACCCUCCUUGAAAACAUCACCGCAUACCAAAAAUACCGCAUCCGACCACGCGUGCUCCGCGACAUAUCCUCCAUCGACACGACCGUAAAUGUCUUUGGACACAAGAACAGCAUACCCCUCGGUGUCGCACCAACCGCAAUGCAAUGUCUCGCCCACGGCGACGGCGAACUCGCAACCGCACGCGCAUGCGCGAACAUGGAUAUAGUGAUGGGAUUGAGCAGCUUCAGCACGACAAGUCUUGAAGAUGUGAAGGGUGCGUUGGGCGAUCAUCCUGGAGCCCUGCAACUCUACCUCUUCGAAGACCGUGCGAAAAGCCAGAAGCUCAUUCAACGCGCUAAGAAAGCUGGGUAUAAAGCCGUCAUGCUCACAGUCGAUACCCCCGUUCUCGGUCGCAGGAACUUGGAGAUAAGAAACCAGUUCAAACUGCCCAAACACCUCAAAGUAGCAAACUUCAACCAAGACGAAGACGACGGCGUGACGGUAGACGACAAGUCCGCCUCACCCUCCACUACAACAGAAGCAAACGAAUCCCGAAAAAGAAGCGAGAGACAACCACCCAGCGGCCCGAUUACCUUCCACACCCACGCGCCCAACCCAACCCUCUGCUGGGAACGCGACAUAGUCUGGUUGAAAGAGCAGUGUGGACCAGAAAUGGAAGUCUGGGUCAAAGGCAUCGCAACAGCCGAAGACGCCCUCCUAGCGUGCCACCACGCCGUCGACGGAAUCAUCGUCUCGAACCACGGCGGCCGCCAACUGAACGGCGCACUUGCCACCAUCGACGCUUUACCUGAAGUCGUCGCCGCCGUACACUCUCAAACCGGAACCAGCGGGAAGAAGAUCCCCGUCCAUGUUGAUGGCGGGAUAAGGCAUGGGACGGACGUUUUUAAAGCGUUGGCGCUAGGAGCGGAUUUCGUGUGGGUGGGACGUCCGGUGCUUUGGGGAUUGGCGUAUAAAGGGCAAGACGGUGUGGAAUUGGCGUUGAGGUUGUUGGCUGAUGAAUUUAGGUUGUGCAUGGGGCUUGCGGGGGUGACGAGCGUGAAGGAUAUUGGGAGGGAGUACUUGGUUAAGAUGGAUCGGAGUGGGUUUGUUAGUCGGCUUUGA